UUAGUAGGAGCAGGAGGCACAUCUGGAGAGGAGGGAGGGCUGCGCGCUGUGCCUUCAAGGCCCCCCCUUCCCCAACACACCCUCGCUCUGAGCGCCGGCCAGUCUGGGUCCCAACUCCUUCCCAGCCCCAGGCCAGAGAAGAGUUGGGAGGCGGGAGAGAUGCGCCAGAGAAGGUCCCAUGAAGCGGAUCCCGGAGGGCGAGGACUCCUCCGCCUCCUCUGAUCGGCUCUUGUGCCUGAAGGGCGGGAAAAUGCACCGCGGGCUUUGAGAACGCCUCGGACAAGCGGUGGGGCAAGUCUGACUCUGCAUACAAUCUCACUUCUUAGACAUUGCUGAUAAAGAUGGACAACCUCACCAAUGACAAUGUCACUGAGAAUAAUGAGUUUACCAUGAAGUAUAAGACAGUGGAAAUGGUCUUCAUAGCUACUGUGACUGGAUCACUUAGUCUUGUCACUGUAGUAGGGAAUAUCUUGGUCAUGCUUUCCAUUAAGGUGAACCGCCAACUCCAGACUGUCAACAACUACUUCCUCUUUAGCUUGGCUUGUGCUGAUUUGAUUAUUGGUGUCUUCUCCAUGAAUCUCUAUACAGUAUACAUUAUCAAGGGCUAUUGGCCACUUGGGGCUGUAGUGUGUGACCUCUGGCUGGCUUUGGACUAUGUGGUGAGUAAUGCCUCUGUCAUGAACUUACUCAUCAUCAGUUUUGACCGCUACUUCUGUGUAACCAAGCCACUAACUUAUCCAGCUAGGCGGACAACCAAAAUGGCAGGGUUGAUGAUUGCAGUUGCUUGGAUAUUAUCCUUUCUCCUUUGGGCCCCUGCCAUCUUGUUUUGGCAGUUCAUUGUUGGAAAGAGGACAGUUGCAGAAGGUGAUUGCUACAUUCAGUUCCUCUCCAACCCAGCUGUGACCUUUGGCACAGCCAUUGCGGCUUUCUACCUCCCUGUGGUCAUCAUGACUGUACUCUACAUUCAUAUCUCACUGGCAAGCCGGAGUCGUGUCAGAAGGCACAAGCCUGAGAGCAAAAAGGAGAAGAGGUCUAAGCCAAUAAGUUUUCUGAAGAGCCCUCUUGUCAAGCAGGAUAACAACAACUCUCCAAAAAAAGCUGUGGAGGUCAAGGAGGAAGUAAAAAAUGGAAAAGUUGAUGAGCAGCCUUUACAGCCAUCAGAGACCACCGGUCAUCAAGAAGAGAAAGAGACCUCCAAUGAAUCCAGUACUGUAAGCAUCACCCAGACCAAUAAAGAGAAGCAGGUGUUGGACAUUUCUACAGCUGAUCAAGGGCAGAGCCCAGCCCACCCAAGGGUUAAUCCAGCAUCCAAAUGGUCCAAAAUUAAGAUUGUCACUAAGCAAACUGGCACUGAGUGCAUUACUGCCAUUGAGAUUGUUGCAGACAAAGAAGCCAGCUCCACCCCAAUUACCUUGUCAAACAGCCGUCCAGCCAAUGUUGCCAGGAAAUUUGCUAGCAUUGCCAGGAGUCAAGUGAGGAAGAAGCGCCAAAUGGCAGCCCGGGAGAAGAAAGUCACCAGAACCAUCUUUGCCAUCUUGCUAGCCUUUAUUCUGACGUGGACGCCAUACAAUGUGAUGGUCCUCAUUAAUACCUUCUGUAAUUAUUGUGUCCCUGACACAGUCUGGUCCAUUGGGUACUGGUUGUGCUAUGUCAACAGUACUAUCAACCCAGCUUGCUAUGCUCUUUGCAAUGCUACCUUCAAAAAAACCUUUAAGCACCUUCUCAUGUGUCAGUACAGGAACAUUGGCACAGCAAGAUAAUUUGGAACUGAGGUACUGCUUAGCAGAGUUGUUAUGGAGACUUAUCCUUUUGUUCCCCAGCCAAACAAACACACUUUUGUAACUGUACUGUUAAAUUCCAGUAGUUCUUCAUUCAGUGCAAAAGUAAGAGCACAGAACCUUGUCAUCAUUCUUGGCCUGCAAGCCUUUGCUAAUCAAGCAGUAUCCCUUCCACCUACUUAACCCUGCCUGUGCUUCUCUAAGAAAAUGGAGAAGGAAAGUGAGGUGCUGGAUGCUACAAGAAGGUGGACAGUCAUCAUCAGCCCUACUCUGUUGGCUGAACAAGCGCUAAUCUCUGGAUAAACCCCCCACAAAAUCCCUUGCUGAUGGCUAUGCCAGUGUGUUAGA